GUCUUUCUCUCCCCCGGGGCGGCUCCACCCGCCCGGCUGGCCCAGCCCCUCCACCGGUGCCAAGGAAUGUGCCUGGGAGAGGCCGGCGGGGCGGCAGAGCCGCGGCCACCCGGAGGCGGCGCGCAGGUCAGCGUGGAGGUGCCGGGUCACCAUGCUCAGUCUCAAGCUGCCCCAACUCCUUCGCGUCCACCAGGUCCCUCGGGUGUUCUGGGAAGACGGCAUCAUGUCAGGGUACCGCCGCCCCAGCAGCUCCGCCCGGGACUGUGUCCUCAGCUCCUUCCAGAUGACCAACGAGACGGUCAACAUCUGGACUCAUUUCCUGCCCACCUGGUACUUCCUGUGGCGCCUGCUGGCGCUGGCGGGGGGCCCGGGCUUCCGCGCGGAGCCCUACCACCGGCCGCUGCUCGUCUUCCUGCUGCCCGCCUGCCUCUACCCCUUCGCGUCGUGCUGCGCGCACACCUUCAGCUCCAUGUCGCCGCGCGCGCGCCACAUCUGCUACUUCCUGGACUACGGCGCGCUCAGCCUCUACAGCCUGGGCUGCGCCUUCCCCUACGCCGCCUACUCCAUGCCGGCCUCCUGGCUGCACAGCCGCCUGCACCAGCUCUUUGUGCCCGCCGCCGCGCUCAAUUCCUUCCUGUGCACCGGCCUCUCCUGCUACUCCCGGUUCCCCGAGCUGGAAAGCCCGCGGCUCAGUAAGAUCCUCCGCACGGCCGCCUUCGCCUACCCCUUCCUGUUCGACAACCUGCCUCUGUUCUACCGGCUUGGCCUGUGCUGGGACCCCGGCCACAGCUGCGGGCGGGAGGCGCUGAGCUCCAGCCACACGUACCACCUGCUCUGCGCGCUGCUCACCGGCUUCCUUUUCGCCUCGCACCUGCCCGAGCGGCUGGCCCCCGGGCGCUUCGACUACAUCGGCCACAGCCACCAGCUGUUCCACAUCUGCGCGGUGCUGGGCACCCACUUCCAGCUGGAGGCGGUGCUGGCUGACAUGGGGUCUCGCCGCGCCUGGCUGGCCGCGCAGGAGCCCCCCUUGGGCCUGGCGGGCACGCUGGCCACGCUGGGCCUGGCGGUGGCCGGGAACCUGCUCAUCAUUGCCGCCUUCACGACCUCCCUAUUUCGGGCCCCCAGCACGUGCCCCCUGCUGCAGGGUGGCCCGCCGGAGGGGGGAAUGAAGGGCAAACAGCAGUGAGCCUGCCCUGGGGAAAGGCAGAGGCCAGGCCCCCCUCCCCCCCCCCCCCCCAUGCCGGGGAGGAGCCCAGAAGGGGCACAUCGGAGCCUGGGGCCGAGAGUGACUGAGGGGAGGGGGCACAGGAGAGGAGGGCAGGGGGCAGGGGGUGCUGGCCAUGAGCAGGAGGGGUCAGUGACGGUGCUCUCAGGGGGCUGGGGCAAGUGCUGAGGGUCUGAGAGGGGCAGUGCAAGCGUCCGGGGCUGGAGCGCCCCGGCUGGAGGCUGGGAGGGGGAGGCGCUGGGCCCCGACACCUGGUCCCUUCCUGCCUACGAGUCUCUGCUGAGCCCAGGGGGGUCACUAACACCACUAACCUAGGCCUGCCUCGCGCGCUUGUUGUGCCCGAGGCCCGCUGGCGCCCUCGCCUCCCAGACGGGCUGUUUGCCCACAGGGAUGUGGUCUGUCAGUCCUGGUCACAGCCGUGUGCUCAAGGUGUCCAGGACCUUGGGUCUAAAUUUGGGCGUCGUGGCUGGUGCAGGGGCUUGUGGGGGGAGGGGUGCUGGGCUCGAGGGGGAAUCCUAAUAAGACUUUUAGGAAGCUGCUUUCGACGCUUCCAGAUGAGGCGAGUACAGUACAAAUAAAUAAGUCAACAGCGGACUCUGGGAAGCACUUUCUGGAACCAAAGAGCUCACACCGCCCCUCCACUCCCGUCCCCGCCCGCACCU